CGUAUAGUCUCUUCACAAUUAAAUCACUGACAUUACUUUUCGGACAAACCCUGUAACUAGCUGAUUAUCCGUGCUUUUACUCCCCCAUAAAAAAGAUAAAACAGUACGGCCAAUGUAUUCCGUUGCAGGCGAAGAUGAUCAGCGAUGGUGCCUACGCAUCACAAUGGUACGGAUUUGAAAAUAGAGCAAAGAGGCUUCUGAUGAUCAUGAUGAUUCGUUCUCAAAAGCCAUAUUACCUCACAGCCUACGGCUUCUUCGCCAUCACUCUGAACCAGAUCACCACGGUGGGUAAAAUUAAGAAAAAUAACGCUACCACUAAAAACAGAGGUGGACAGCGAAUAAGUGUUUCAGAAAAGCGAACAGCCAUUUUGUACAACGGUGUUCUCAUAAAAGUAUAAUCGUUCGUCGGAAGAACGUCUGCUAAUUAAUUUCAGUUUUCAGAUUUUCAAUACAUCAUUGUCGUACUUUAUGAUGUUGAAAACAAUGGCGUGAAACGAUGUGGCUUUGAGAAUGUGAUGUAAAUUGGCACGUCACAUUAUUCCUAGAUCGAUGAACUUGGUUCACUGGAAUAUCUAUCGUUUACAUGAACGAUGGGAAUCUUCAAAUAAAGUAUUCUUUACUUCACGCAUC